AUGAAUGAUUCAUUAAACGAACAGCUUAAUGAGCUAGGGCAUCACGUUUCAUGUUUGUACGUAAGCUCGGGGGAACAACUUGACGAUAUAUUUCGUUUACAAUAUUUAUUGCCUUAUUCAAGGUUUGUAAAUGAUAUGCGUGGGAUUUCCAUAAACGUUGGCAACUUCUUUUCAUCAUUUUUACCGAUUCUUGAUUCCUUCGUUAUUGGACCCACAAAUUUAAUAAAUCCAAAGGACUACCUUUCACAUUUUAAUAAACUCUCAGUUGCUGAUCUUUUGGAUAUUUCAAAGUCAGACCAGACUAUCUCUGACUGGAAGGACCUGAGAAACAGAUACUUGGCCUCUGGGAUUAACCUGGAGGAUAUUGGACUCUUUAGAAGUUCCGUUGAGCUCCACAACGACUUACUUCAGGAACUGGUUAACCGCACUUCAGACUUUGAUAAACCACAAAAACACUCUGAGGCUAACCGCUUUUUGCAACUAGGAGUCUCUAAGCAAAGAAAAAACAAAGGUAACAAUCUACUCCACUAA